AUGAAUCCUUCAUCACAAUUGUUUCAUCAAGGAGAAGAAAAAUUAACAACAUGGAAUCGACCUGAAUCAAAAUAUAAUGAAACACAUCAACAAUGUUUUAUUACUUGGUCUCAACAAUUACAUGUUCAAUAUUCUACAAAACCAAUGCCAAUGAUUGAUGAUCCACGUGAUAUUUUAUUAAAAGUAACUGCAACAACAAUAUGUGAUUGUAAUCCAAAUUUAUGUAAUAAAACAAUGGUUUAUAUGGAUAAUGGUGAUAUACUUGGUCAUGAAUUUAUGGGUGUAAUUCAUCGAGUCGGUGAUCAAGUUACUAAAUUAUACGUUGGACAGCGUGUUGUUGUUGCAUUUAAUAUAGCUUGUGGUUUUUGUGAAUAUUGUCAACGUCAAGAAUAUGCUGUCUGUGAUACAAUUUAUUCAUCAAAACUUCAAGAAAAACUUCAUCAACAAAAAAAAGUUACCCUUUUUGGACAUUCAUGUUUAAAAAGUGCAGGAUUAGGUGGACAAGCUGAAUAUAUUCGAGUACCAUUUGCUGAUAUUAAUUGUUUACCAAUACCAAAUGAUGUACCAGAUGAUAAAGCUCUUUAUUUAUCAGAUAUUAUUCCAACAGCAUUUCAUGGAUGUCAUAUUGGAAAUGUUAAAGAAGGUUCAAUUGUUGCUAUUUGGGGUCUUGGACCUAUUGGUUUACUCCAAGCACGUUGGUGUCAAAUACUUGGUGCUAAACGUAUAAUUGGUAUUGAUUAUGUUCCUAAACGACUUAAAAUUGCUCAUCAAUCAUUACAAAUUGAAACAAUUAAUGUUAAAGAAUGUGAUACGAUGAAAACAUUACUUGAAAUGGUACCUGGUGGUGCUGAUUGUUCAUUACAAGCUGUUGAUUUUAAUUAUAGUAAAUCAUUACUUUAUAAAGAUGAACGUUCUCUUCAGUCAACAGCUGAUGUUGAUAUAUUAACUGAAAUUAUUGCAUGUACUCGAAAAUGUGGAACAAUUUCAAUUAUUGGUGAUUAUAAUAAUGUCAUUAAUCAUAUUCCUAUUCGUCUUAUAAUGGAAAAAAACUUACGUAUUAUUGGUGGGCAAUCUCACACACAAAAAUAUUGGCCAACAUGUUUACAUAAAGUAUUGUCUGGUGAAAUUGAUCCAACAUUCAUUAUAACACAUUCAUUUAACAUCAAUCAUUUAUCAAAUUAUUAUGAACAACUCAUUGAUGAAGAAACUCUUAAAUGUUUCAUUCAAGUUCAAAAUUAA